UAUGCCCAUGUUCGCGAUCAAUCUUUUUUUCUUUAACUUAUUUUAAUCAUACUGAGGCUCGAUGCUUGAGCAAUCCAUUUCAUCUAAUCGCGCGGAUUAAUUAAAAUCAGACGAAUCGCGAAAAGUACAAUAGAAAACAUAAUUGCGAAAGUGGAGACUUUCCUGCAGCUGCUUUGUGAAAGUUCGCAGCACGUAUUACAGUGCCCCAGUUAAAAUGAGAUUCCUUCCAUGUCUAUUUAUACGUCCGCAAAUAAGAUAGCUGAUCAUUUUUGCGUGCCAAUUAUACGCAGAUGAUUGGUUUGUAUGUAUGUAUGUAUGUAUGUACAUCACAUGAAAGGAAUCACUUGAAAGGAAUGCCGCCAAGGCUGACACGCGUAACACGCAUAUAAGUAAUAAACGCAUAUUCUGCUGCUACGUACUACGUACACUACACAUAUGUACCAUGUCGAUGUCAUGAUAUACCGGUGAAACCGUUUAAUUAUUUCUGUUACAAACUUCAACAUACAAUUGUCACAUGUUACUCGGUGUGUAACACAAUCUUAGAAGAAACAAAAAUACUCGUCUGUAUUGUGCAUGCGAUUACACGUGAUUUCGAAUAAGAUGACGUCUCGUGUGACGGCAGCAGCAACACCUCUGAUGAGCAGAAGGACUCCUCCGAUCAGAAGUAAUGUACGUCAUGGCAGUGUUAUCGACUUGGAUAUUGACAUGUUUUUAAAAAUCUCAAAUUAUGAGGAUACCGUGAGACAGCUUGAUAUCUCUUAUGGGAUUGUUAAAAGACAAUUGUUACGCUAUCAGAGUUGUAUAACAGGUCUUUUCCCUCAAAUUUCAAAUGACAAAGUAGUCGGAAGUGUCAGAGAAAGUAUCUACUGUGCAGCUGCUGUAUGGAGUUUGUAUCAAGCGUAUAGACGCAUAGACGACGACCGUGGGAAGUCUUACGAACUCGGACAGUCUGCUGUGAAAUGUAUGCGUGGAAUUCUAGAAUGUUGGGUGAAGCAGUCUCCCCGAAUAGAAUUAUUCAAACGUAAUCAAUGUAAUCGGUUUGCAUUGCACUGUAAAUUCCAUUUAGACACUGGCGAUGAAAUUUUUAAAGAUGCCGAUUACAAUCAUUUACAAAUCGAUAUCGUCUCCCUGUAUUUAAUAUUUUUGGUGCAAAUGAUAUCCUCGGGACUGCAAAUUAUAUACACUCAAGAUGAAGUAGCGUUCAUACAAAAUCUCGUAUAUUAUGUGGAGAGAGCGUAUCGGACGCCGGAUUACGGAAUGUGGGAACGCGGUAAUAGAUAUAACGACGGUACACCCGAGAUACACGCAAGUUCAAUCGGUAUAGCUAAAAGCGCACUGGAAGCUAUCAACGGAUGUAAUUUAUUUGGAGAAAAGGGUGCUUCCUGGUCAGUCAUAUAUGUCGACAUCGACGCGCACAAUCGAAAUCGAAGUAUCUUUGAAACGAUGCUUCCCAGAGAAUCAAGCUCCAAGAGCGUGGAUGCUGCUCUACUGCCUACGAUAUCUUUCCCGGCGUUCGCUACUCACGAAGAAGUAUUGUACAACGAGACGAAGACGAGUAUAAUUCGACGGUUAAGAGGCAAUUACGGGUUCAAGAGAUUCGGCAGGGAUGGAUAUAAGACAGUUUUAGAGAGCAAAGAUCGGCGCUACUACAAAUCCGGUGAACUCAAGGAAUUCGAUAACGUCGAAUGCGAGUGGCCUUUAUUUUAUAUCUUCAUGAUCAUCGACGGUGUUUUCAAAACUUUGCCGGAGCAAGUAGAAGAAUAUCAGACUCUGUUAAAAGAACGAAUGUACAAGGAUAGUAACGGAGAUCCUGUGGUACCCAUGUACUAUUAUGUGCCCGAGGACAGUUUGGACGCAGAAAGGAACGAGCCCGGUAGUAUGCAUAGGCUACCAAGCAACGAAGGUAGAGGCCAGAAAAUGACGGAUACGGAACCUGGACCCAUAUAUUUGUGGAAUCAAGCCAUGUUCGUAAUUGCUCAAUUACUGACCGCUGGCCUACUGCAUAUCAACGAACUAGAUCCAAUCAGACGUUAUCUACCCUCGUACAACAGGCCGAGAAGAGCUGGAAGGUAUUCAGCAUUUCAGGCUAAACCGAGUAUUGGUACUCAUACCGAUCUUGUAGUACAAAUCGUUCUUAUCGCUGAAUCUAUGAGAUUGCAAGCUAUGAUGGCAACGUACGGUAUACAAACGCAAACGCCUCACGAAGUAGAACCUGUGCAAAUAUUGUCGUCCAGGCAAUUGGUAAAAGUUUAUGAGAAGUUGGGAGUGAAUCAUAAGCUGAAUCUACAAGGCCGGCCGUCCAGACCUAUCGGUUCUUUGGGUACGAGCAAGGUUUACAGAGUGUGCGGUAUGACGGUGCUCUGUUAUCCUUUGAUAUUCGAAGUGUCAGAGUUUUACUUGUAUAGAGACAUGGCUCUGUUGAUCGAUGAUAUUAAAACUGAACUUCAGUUCGUAGGCAAAUAUUGGCGACUUUCGGGUCGACCUACCGUCUGUCUCUUAAUUCGCGAGGAGCAUAUGAGGGAUCCACAAUUUAAAGAGAUGCUCGAUCUGUUCGCCAUGUUGAAGAAAGGAUACUGCGAUAAAACAAAAGUACGAAUAGGACGAUUACAGAAUCUUAUCUCGUCGUCGUGCAUUGAACAUUUGGAUUUUAUAAGUACCGUAGAAACGGAUCUUGAACUCACUCAAUUCAAGCAACUGGAACACGAUUACAUCGGAUACCAAAGUCUAACAGAUGUUCCCAAGGCUUUGACUUAUUCAGAGGAUAUCAAAGAUUACUCGUAUUAUAUGAACGAGCCCUUGUACAAUGUACUCGACGAAAUUCGUAAUAACAGGAGUCUUUACAGUUUGUGCCAGCUUUAUGGUAUUCUCUUGAAACGCGAAAGUAUCAACUAUGAAAUUAAUGGAACAACAGUCGGAGAUCAUUUAAGAUCAUUGUAUCAACAAGCCGGCAGCCUCAGAUACUGGAUGGUUGUCCGUUAUUGCAGCAGUUUACUGAAUCACACUGUUGACAGUAUAAGUCCUUUUAUAACAGGCGUACUCGUUAAACGGAAACAGAUAACGGUCGGAGUGAUAUGUCAUGAAGAAACAGUGUUUGAUAAACCAAUGACACCUACAGAAAUUCAAUCGGUCAUGUAUUCUACGAUUCAACCGCACAACGUGGUGCAGGCAGUACUUCAGCAGGAAGUUUUAUUGUACUGUGGUAGGCUGAUCGGAGCACAUCCAGAAAUGUUUAAAGGGAUACUCAAAAUUCGUAUUGGAUGGGUGUUGGAAGCUAUAAAGCAUUACUUGGAAAUGUUCGUCCAGAAGAAUCCAAAACCCAUCGAGGAUUAUAGUCCAUUCGAGAUUCGGCGAUUUCUCAUCAAAGUAUUAACUGUGAAAGAUUGGGCCAAAGAUGAAAAGCUUACAGUUUUAGGACGCAGGAAAAUCGAAGGUUGCCUGUGCAGAGUCCCUGCCCAUUUCUAUAAUCACGUAUGGGAAGUACUGAUGCGUUGUCCUGGCGGCAUCAGCGUCAGCGGUCAACAAUUACCGCAACAACCUACUUUGUCCAACAUGACUCGUUCAGAAAUUACGUUCGCUUUACUCGUGGAAUCUUUGCUUCAUCAUAUACAGGUGCCGGAAUAUCGGCAAAUCAUUGUCGAGCUGCUGACCAUAGUGUCGACGAUUUUACUACGAAAUCCCGAGUUGAGCUUCCAGAAACAACUGAAUCUGAAUCACCUUGUCGAAGACAGUUUCCAGAUGUAUUGCAAGGACCACGACUUGGAACGAACCACUACUGAUCAAACGGUAUUUUUCUCCGCUCACUAUUCGAUAACGACGGGAUAUCUCGCCAGAGCCAUCGUCAAUAACGUCCUCACAGGUGGAAGUUUUGCGACCAUCAACGACAUUACUAAUACGAUCGAAACCAAAGAAACUUGUAAAAUAACAUAAAAAAGAAAAGUAGUCGAGUAGUCGUGUUGUUGUUGCUGUUUGUAAAAUAGAAUACUUGUUCGUGA